AUGUUUUGUUUGGCAGAAAAUGUAACUGCUAAUUUUGUGUUUGGAGAUUCAUUAGUUGAUGUUGGUAACAAUAACUAUAUUCCUUCUCUUUCAAAAGCAAAUUUCUACCCAAAUGGUAUUGAUUUUGGGCGUCCAACAGGAAGAUAUACAAAUGGAAGAACUAUAGUUGACAUUAUAGGUCAGGAAGUGGGAUUUAAUUUUACACCACCGUACUUGGCACCAACAACAUCCGGACCAGUAGUUCUGCAAGGUGUAAAUUAUGCUUCUGGCGGAGGAGGCAUUCUUAAUGGCACGGGCAAAAUUUUCGGUGGAAGGAUCAACAUGGAUGCUCAAUUAGACAACUUUGCAAACACAAGACAGUACAUAAUCACAAGAUUAGGAGAAGCGGCCGCGAUGAAGCUGCUAGAGAAUGCACUAUUCUCAGUAACAAUGGGCUCAAAUGACUUCAUCAACAAUUAUCUCACCCCUGUUUUAUCCACAGCAAAGCAACUGACAGUACCUCCUGAGAAAUUUGUGGGAGAAGUCAUAUUCAAAUACAAAAUUCAACUAACGAGACUUUAUAAUAUGGGUGCGAGGAAGAUAAUAGUGGUAAACGUUGGACCUAUUGGAUGUAUCCCGUACCAAAGGGAAAUAAAUCCAUCAGCUGGAAACAAGUGUGUUAAUUUCCCAAAUGAACUAGCACAACUAUUUAACAACCAAUUGAGAAUCCUAGUGACUCAACUCAAUUCCAAACUUAUUGGAUCAAAAUUUGUCUAUGCAGAUGUCUACGAAAUCGUCCAAGAUAUUAUUCAGAACUAUUCAUCUUAUGGAUUUGAGAGUGCAAACUCAGCUUGUUGUUCAGGUGGUGGACGAUUUGGGGGCAUAAUUCCAUGUGGUCCUUCAUCUAAAAUAUGUGCAGAUAGAAGCAAGUAUGUGUUCUGGGAUCCAUACCAUCCGUCUGAUGCUGCUAAUAUCGUCGUAGCAAAACGUCUGCUCGACGGGAAAUCUGCUGAAAUUUGGCCUAUGAAUGUCAGGCAGCUCCUUGCAUCUUCCUAA